GCUCGGGAACUCGCGCAUCCCCCCAGUGGUACCUGUUUCCUUGUUUCCUUCAUCCUGCCACUACAUGCAAGCAAGGUGACUGUCGGCCAGUCAUGCGCUAGAAGUUUCUCCACAAGUGAAACAGCGGCGUGGGAUUAGAGUUUACGGUCUGCAUGAGUGGGACCAUGCAAGGACAACACAGCAGAGGAGUAAAGAAUGUGAGGCUGGUGCUUCUGUGCCUCUUCAUUGCCAUCCUCGCCUCAGGAGCGCACGCAGGUGGGAAGAAACACAGUGGACCAUGUGGAGGAAGAGACUGCAGUGGAGGCUGUAAAUGUUUCCCAGAGAAGGGUGCCAGAGGUCACCCUGGGCCUCUUGGUCUCCAGGGACACCAGGGGCCUCAAGGGAGACCAGGUGAUUUAGGCAUCCAAGGACACAAGGGCCAGAAGGGUGACCGUGGCCAUGGUGGCAUCAUAGGUCCAAAAGGAAAUGUGGGAAUGACGGGCGUACCUGGGUUUUCUGGAAAUGAUGGCAUUCCUGGCCACCCAGGACAAGCUGGGCCCAGGGGGAGGCCAGGUGCAGAUGGUUGUAAUGGGACUCAGGGAGAGUCUGGGUUACCAGGACAAAUUGGUUACAAUGGCUCACCUGGUUUUCCUGGACAAUAUGGCAGGAAGGGAGAGAAGGGAGACUCCCUGGAGAUGAGCGUGUUCAUGGAGCGAUUCAGGGGAGAUCCAGGCACACCAGGGGUCAAUGGAAUAUUUGGGCCUCCAGGAAACACAGGACGGGAGGGUAACAGAGGCUUCAUAGGACCAAAAGGUCCCCCAGGGCCUCCAGGUCCCAAAGGACAAAAGGGCACUAUGACCCAUUUGCUUAAAGGACUCAAAGGAGACAGAGGGGAAAUCGGACCACCAGGGCCUCCAGGAAACUCUACUCAUUCUCUCAUUCUGGUCCCCUACGGACCCCCGGGAUCACGAGGAAUAAAGGGUUUGAAAGGAGAAAUCGGAGAUCCGGCUGACAACAAAGGAGAAAAAGGUGUUAUGGGAUUCCCUGGACCAAGAGGACCAUCUGGUGCAAAUGGGAGGCCUGGACCAAGGGGGGAUUCUGGUGAACUAGGACCAAUAGGUAGAGAUGGUCCUAAGGGAGACAGAGGUGAUGCAGGAGAGCUGAUUACAUCAGGAUCCCUUGGGCCUGGGUCUUCAGACGCUGGUCUUCCUGGCCUCCCUGGUGAGCAGGGUCCACUAGGAGAAAGGGGCCCAAUAGGAGACCAAGGCCUCCCUGGACCCUCAGGACGUCCCGCCUCUCACACACAGCAACAAGUAUUUGAUUUCAUAGGGCCAUUUGGUUUCAAGGGAGACGCAGGGGAGAAAGGCCAACAAGGGGAACCAGGACUCCCUGCUGUCACUGUAGGACCCCCAGGCAUCGAUGGGCGCCCAGGGUUCAGGGGGCCCCCAGGUCCCAAAGGAACAUGGGAAGAGUUCUUCAAAGGGGCUCUGGGUGGGAGAGGAAGACCAGGCAAUGCAGGCUUCAAAGGAAUGAAAGGUGAUCAUGGGGAAUGUGCGUGCACUGUCGUGAACUCUCUACCUGGGCCACCUGGCCCUGCUGGUAACCCUGGUGACGCUGGGAUGACUGGAGAGUUUGGUCAAGAGGGUGAUUCAGGAGAUCCAGGUCCCCAAGGAAAUGAAGGAUUCCCUGGAUUUCCUGGGCUCAGAGGUGUGCCAGGUCCAAAAGGCCAGAAAGGUGCCUUAAAUGUGGCCACACAGAAAGGAUAUCCUGGAGACCAAGGGGUUCCCGGGCAUGAUGGUGAGUUCGGAGCACCUGGUGCCCCAGGCCUAGGUGGUCAGUCCGGUUUCCCUGGCAGCCAAGGUCCUCCAGGAGAUCCUAGGGGAGAACAUGGAGACAAAGGUUACCCAGGUCUGCCUGGUCGACCUGGUGCAGCUGGGCUGAGAGGAGAACCAGGUCUGGUCAUUGGAGGUGUCAAAGGCCAGCCUGGUUUACCCGGUGAUGAUGGCCUUGCAGGCUAUCAUGGAGUCCCAGGAAGACCUGGCAGCCCAGGCGGCUGUAGUGGGACAGGAGAUGGAGGACAGGUGGAUGUAACAGGUCUUUGCGAUGCUAUUCCAGGACCUCCUGGGCUGCCUGGACUUCCAGGACCAAUUGGAUCAUCUGGUAUCCAAGGCCUUACAGGCCAAAAAGGACUGCAGGGUCCAUCUGGAACACCAGGAGAGAAAGGAGAAACAGGACAUCAAGGCCGAGGUGGCCUUCCUGGACCACCAGGUUUUGCCGGCCCCCGUGGAGCCUUAGGGGUUCCUGGCAGCAAAGGUUCAGUGGGAAACCCUGGUUUGCCUGGUAUGCCUGGUCGGAACGGGGCAGAGGGUGACAAAGGUGUUCAUGGAGAAAUCUUUGGGGCAUCACCUGGACCCCCUGGUGACCCAGGACCGCCUGGACUUCAGGGGAAUAAAGGAGAGAUUGGAGUUCAAGGAGAGCCAGGCUAUCCAGGAAUGAUUGGUAUGCCUGGUAUGAUCGGUUUCAAGGGUGAGUCCGGCCCUUUCGGCCUGCUGGGGGAGCAAGGGAGGCCUGGGCCGGCGGGCAAGUAUGGCUUCCCUGGUGAUCCUGGCAGAGCAGGUCCACCUGGGCUACCUGGCGCCACAGGACAACCAGGUUUCACUGGAGCGAGGGGAUCUGAUGGGGACCCAGGCACUCCAGGUCCAAUAGGACUAAAAGGGGUCCCAGGGCUAUAUGGAAAUGAUGGUAUUGUUGGCGAGGACGGGUCACCAGGUGACCCAGGACAGAUUGGUCAACUUGGACACCCAGGACUUCCAGGAAUUAAAGGAACCACAGGGUCUCCCGGCAUGUCAGGUUUUGAGGGGAUCAGGGGUAAUUCAGGGCUGAAGGGCUUCAGUGGCGUAAAAGGAGAAACUGGAUUGCCAGGACAAAAUGGCCAUACAGGCGUGAAAGGUCAAAUUGGAGAGAAAGGUGAGCGUGGAUUAAUGGGGCCACCUGGGGAGAAGCCUCAAAUCCCUCUCUAUAUGCUUGUUGACAUGAAGGGACUCAAGGGAGACCGUGGACAUUUUGGAAACCACGGUUUCACCGGGCCAAGAGGUGCUAAGGGUUUACCAGGUGUACCAGGCCAUGAGGGAACUCAUGGUCUUCCUGGAGACCCAAACAAUGAGAAAGGUUACUAUGGGGAUCCAGGUGCACAGGGCCUGCCAGGGAUAAAAGGAAUGCCUGGCCUAACUGGAAAUCGAGGAAUCAUUGGCUUUGAAGGAAUGAAUGGUAAACAGGGAAUAAAAGGAAGUCCUGGUGCCUAUGGUGCAACAGGAGAUAAAGGAAGGAAGGGAGUCAAAGGUGACAAAGGUGUCCGUAUAGACUUACCAGGAUCUCCUGGACUGAGAGGAGAGCUUGGUGUGUCAGGAGAGCCAGGUGAGAAAGGAUUAUUUGGACAUAUUGGGGAUAGAGGCCCCUCUGGUUUUGAUGGUAUUGAAGGGAAAAGGGGAGAGCCAGGUGAUCCAGGCACAUCAGGAUACACAGGUUCAGACGGGCAGAGAGGAACUCCUGGAAACCAAGGCCAAAAGGGUUUUCCUGGAACACCUGGAAAAGAGGGGCACCCAGGCUUUCCUGGAUUCCGAGGAAGCAAAGGUUUCCCUGGCCUGAAGGGUCUUUAUGGAUUACAUGGACUAAAGGGACAAAAGGGUAUCUCUGGAACUCCAGGUGCGGAUACUGUUGGACCAGUUGGGCAGCCAGGAGCCAAAGGAGAGAAGGGAGACAGUGGUGAUCCCAACAACCAGCAGGGUAUUCCAGGCACAUUGGGUUUAAAGGGCUUCCAGGGACCUCGAGGUAAUCAGGGUCAACCUGGACCAGCUGGAUUCCGUGGCCCUCUAGGACCAGAUGGGACCCCAGACAGAUCAGGACACACUGGAGACAUUGGAUAUACAGGACCUAAAGGAUACCAAGGUUUCCCUGGAGCCAGAGGUUUUCCUGGUAAAGAAGGUCCCUCCGGAGAAAAGGGUAUACCAGGUUUAAAUGGGUUUCCGGGGCUCCCUGGUAAGCAAGGAUUUGCAGGAGACCCAGGUGAAUUUGGAUACAGAGGACCUAAUGGUGUCUCGGGAAAGAAAGGAGUGAAAGGAGAGCAAGGAUUAAUGGGAAUUCCUGGUACUAUUGGUAUGAAUGGAGAAAGAGGACCAGUCGGUCCAAAAGGAAACACUGGACCCCCCGGUUUCCAUGGGUUUCCAGGCAACCAGGGUCCUCCUUCACUACCCAUCAAAAUUCCAGGAGAGAGGGGUCCCCUGGGACCACAGGGUAUCCAAGGACCAAAGGGGGUCAAAGGAGAACCAGGGCCACAGGGACCCCCUGGGGACUCAGGCUUCAUGGGACCCAUUGGGCAGAAGGGCAUGCCUGGGAUUAGUGGCAGACCAGGAAUACCUGGUUUCCGUGGAGAGGUUGGAUAUAUGGGCCACCCCGGUCUGCAAGGAAUGGAAGGUCACCGUGGAAAACCUGGUGUCAAUGGGUUGCCUGGUAUGCCUGGCCGCAGCGUCAGUGUGGGUUACUUGUUGGUUAAACACAGCCAAUCAGAUCAGACACCCAUGUGCCCUGUUGGUAUGUCUAAACUGUGGGACGGAUACAGUAUGCUGUACCUAGAGGGCCAGGAAAAGGCCCACAACCAGGAUCUUGGUUUGGCAGGGUCCUGCCUCCCACGGUUUAACACCAUGCCCUUCCUGUACUGCAAUCCUGGAGACAUUUGUUACUAUGCCAGCAGAAAUGAUAAGUCCUACUGGUUGUCAACAACAGCUCCUCUUCCUAUGAUGCCUGUAGAAGAGGGAGACAUCAAGCCAUAUAUCAGCCGCUGCUCAGUAUGUGAGGCGCCAUCGGUUGCCAUAGCAGUCCAUAGCCAGGACAUCACUAUCCCACAGUGCCCUGUGGGUUGGCGCAGCAUGUGGAUUGGCUAUUCCUUCCUCAUGCAUACUUCAGCAGGAAGUGAAGGUGGGGGUCAGUCCUUGUCAUCGCCUGGCUCCUGCCUGGAGGACUUCCGAACAACACCAUUCAUAGAGUGUAAUGGGGCCAAAGGCACAUGCCACUACUUUGCUAACAAGAACAGCUUCUGGCUAACCUCCGUAGAUCAGUCAUUCCAUACUGACCCUUCAUCAGAGACGCUCAAAGCAGGCCAGCUCCUGUCACGCAUCAGCCGCUGCCAGGUCUGCAUGAAGAACUUGUGAGAGACAUUACAGUAAAACUGACAAAAAGAAGUUGUUCCAUUGACAGUGGUCUAGUGUCAUCUCCUUAUCCGUGUGCUAAACCAAUCAGCAAAGGGGAUCUGAAAUACUGACAUAGAUCAAUGUGAAUGGGAAGCUUUCUCCCCAAGCCACAGAGCUCAGACAUGCAAUGACUGUUUGCCGCCUUGAGUUUCGAGUGAAAAGAGCCCCACUGUAGAUAAGACAGAAGCCCCAUAAAGAAGUCAGCAGGAUUAUGGGAAAACUAGUAUUGUUAUGUUAAAUGUGGAUUGGUGCUUACUGUUAACUUAUUACCUCAGCUACUAUGACACAGUUUAGAGACCGUACACUACAGCUUAACCAAAGAUGCCCAUGUGUAUGCACUGCUUCAGUUUAUCUACGCAUUGUCAUUUAUUAGGAUGUACAGACCACCGUAAAGCCACUAACACUGCAUCUCAAGGAGGUAAAAGAAUGUCAUUAGAGGUCUUGAACUAUUGUUGGUUGAUACUGUUUAAAGUACUAUCCUGCUUUUAUUCCAUUUCUCUAACAGAACCUCUUUUUUAUAAAAUUACAUGUCUUUUCAAGUUGUUAAUCUGUUUCUGCAUAUAUCAAUUACAGCAAAUUUCUCUCUUCAGUUUUUAUAAUUUUUCGUACACCAUAUGUUCACACGAUGCACUGAUUCUCUUUGUAUUUAUAUCAGCUGAAUGAACUUGACCCCCUUCCCUUAAGAGUUUUAAAUAUACAAAUAUAUAUAUAUAUAUAUAUAUAUCUUAUCGAAUAAUGCCUACGUCACACUCAUUUUCCUAAGUUACUAAUGAUUGAACCGCCCCAAGCUGCCAACCAGACAGAUUGUAAACAGCCUGGAUCAAAGGUCUGGCUGCAGCAAAUCCUCCCUCCGGUCAGUGAUCCUGGCUUAGAUUAGAUUAUUUCAUACAAUUUAGAAAGUAGGCCAAAAGUAAACAAACUUGUUUGGAAAUAAACAAACUGAUUAGAAAUAUACUGACAUCAUUUGUUUUCAAUGUUAUGUAAUUACUAUAAUUUCCAUAACACGAUCAUUUCAUUGAAUUGUAAAGAUUAAAUGUUGUUUGUAAUA